AAACAAUCUAUUAUUGUCAGUAUAAAAACCGAACAAAAGUGGAAAUAGUUCGAAGAAGGGAAGACUUCUCAACGUCUCAGUUUAUUUUUAGUACAAUUUGUGAAAUAUAAAAGUCCACUCUUCUAAUCACUAACCUCAAAAUAUAUUUUUCUUCUUUAAAGAAAAAAAAAAUAUAGUAAGAUCAAGAAACCGUGGGGAAAAAUUUCAAGCCAUAUCAUAAUUAUUAUUAUUAUGGGUACUAACUUUGAAGCGGCAUUUUUGACGGUUCUCAGUUGCUUAGCAACGACGACAGUCGUUUUGGGUGGCGACACGUCCCCGAUACCGGAAAGCCCGUCUGGUGUGAGCAGUUGGUUCAGCAAUAACGUGAAGCAGUUAAGUCAGAGAAAGUCAACCCUUGACGCUGCCCUUUUCCAGGCGGAGUGCGGCCCAGUUGAGGUGAUCACCGUCCAGAAAGAUGGGAAGGGCAACUUUAAUAAUAUAAAGGACGCUAUUAACAGCGUCCCAAACGGCAACACCAAGCGAGUCGUUAUCUCCAUUGGACCGGGUGAGUAUAAGGAGAAGAUCACCAUCGACCGGAGCAAGACGUUCAUCACCUUGUACGGUAAUCCCAAAACCAUGCCUACUUUGGUCUACGGCGGUACGGCGGCACAGUACGGAACCGUCGACAGCGCCACCUUGAUUGCCUUGGCCGACUAUUUCACCGCCGCUAAUAUUAUUUUUAAGAAUUCUGCACCAGAACCGGAUGGGAGACGUAGUGGAGCUCAGGCAGUUGCUUUGAGGGUCUCCGGGAAUAAGUCAUCCUUCUACAACUGCAGAUUCAUUGGUUUUCAGGACACCCUUUGCGAUGACAAAGGCUUUCACUUUUUCAAGGACUGUUAUAUUGAAGGCACUGUCGAUUUCAUAUUCGGAAGUGGAACCUCUCUUUAUCUGAACACCAAAUUACACGUGAUUGGAACGGGAGUGGUCACAGCACAAGCAAGAGAAUCAGAGAGAGAGAGCACAGGAUACUCAUUCGUGCAUUGCAAAGUAACCGGUAGUGGUAAGCAUGCAUUUCUAGGGAGAGCUUGGAUGAGCAGACCCAGAGUCGUUUUUGCCUUCAGCAGCCUAAGCGACGUCGUUAACCCUUUGGGAUGGAGUGACAAUUUUCACCCUGAAUGUGACAACACUGUGUUCUUCGGAGAGUACAAGAACACCGGACCAGGUGCGAGCAACAGUAGACGAGCUAAAUUCACCAAGUUACUAACGUAUGACCAAGUGAAGCCUUAUAUUAGUCUUGGUUUUAUUAAGGGUUCAACCUGGUUGCUUCCUCCCCCCACGGCCUAAUAUUAUAGUGGUAUUAAUUAACCCGUAUUAGAUGAUCAAAUUCUGUACGUGCACACUCCGCACGCACUAUAUAAAUAUAUAUAUGCUGUAAUCUUUGUCGAAAAAAACAUAUAAAAAAUAGUUUAUGAAAGAGUGUUGCUAUGUACCAAUUUAAAUUGCUCAACACGAUA